AUGGCUUCUGAUCUGGAGAGCAGCCUCACCUCCAUAGACUGGCUCCCCCAGCUGACCCUCCGGGCUACCAUCGAGAAGCUGGGGAGUGCUUCCCAGGCCGGCACGCCGGGGGGCAGCCGCAAGUGUCCGCCAGGCUCACCCACAGACCCUAACGCCACGCUGAGCAAAGAUGAGGCGGCAGUCCACCAGGAUGGCAAGCCACGCUACAGCUACGCCACCCUCAUCACCUACGCCAUCAACUCCUCCCCGGCCAAGAAGAUGACCCUCAGCGAGAUCUACCGCUGGAUCUGCGACAACUUCCCCUAUUACAAGAACGCUGGCAUCGGUUGGAAGAACUCAAUUCGGCACAACCUUUCUCUCAACAAGUGCUUCCGGAAGGUGCCCAGGCCCCGAGAUGACCCUGGGAAGGGCUCUUACUGGACCAUCGACACUUGUCCCGACAUCUCCCGAAAAAGGAGACACCCACCGGACGAUGAUCUAUCCCAGGACUCACCAGAACAGGAGGCAAGCAAGAGCCCUCGGGGAGGCGUUCCAGGGGGCGGAGAAGCCUCACUGCCUCCAGAAGGGAAUCCUCAGAUGUCGCUGCAGAGCCCCACAUCUAUCACCAGCUAUAGCCAGGGCACAGGAUCUGUGGAUGGUGGAGCAGUGGCUGCAGGGGCUCCAGGUCGAGAAAGUGCUGAGGGCCCCCCUCCCUUGUAUAACACCAACCAGGACUUCAAAUUCUCCUACUCAGAAAUCAAUUUUCAGGAUCUGAGCUGGUCCUUCCGCAACCUCUACAAAUCCAUGCUGGAGAAGUCCUCCUCCUCCUCUCAGCAUGGCUUUUCCUCUCUCCUGGGGGACAUGCCACCCUCUAACAACUACUACAUGUACCAGCAGCAGCAGCCGCCUCCUCAACAGCAGCAGCAGCAGCAGCAGCAACAGCAGCAGCAGCAGCAGCAGCAGCAGCAGCAGCCACCACAGCCACAGCCCCAACAGUCACAGCCACAGCAGCAGCAGGCACCAGCCCAGGGCCCCUCAACUGUAGCGGGUGCUCCUCCAUUGCACACCCCAAGCCCAGAUGGUUGUACCCCACCGGGGGGCAAGCAGGCUGGGGCUGAAGGCUAUGGGCCUCCCUCUGUGAUGGCCAUGCAUCCACCCCCACUGCAGCAUGGAGUCUACCACCCUCAUCAGCACCAUCCCCACACCCACCCUGCCCAGCAGCCACCGCCACCGCAGCCCCAGGCACAAGGCCAGGCUCCUAUCAAUAGUACUGGUUUUGCCUUUCCUCCUGACUGGUGCUCCAAUAUCGACUCCUUAAAGGAAAGCUUCAAGAUGGUGAAUCGGCUCAAUUGGUCCAGCAUUGAGCAGUCACAGUUCUCAGAACUGAUGGAGAGUCUGCGACAGGCAGAGCAGAAAAACUGGAGCCUGGACCAGCAUCACAUUGCCAAUCUGUGCGACUCCCUCAACCACUUCCUUACUCAGACUGGUCACGUGCCCCCUCAGGGGCCGUCCCACCGGCCACCAGCCCCUGCCCGAAUCGCUGACUCCUGUGCCCUCACCAGCUGCAAACAAGAGCCAGCCCUAAACCAAGUGAACUCUUAUGGGCACCCACAAGCCCCACACCUAUACCCUGGCCCGUCACCGAUGUAUCCAAUCCCCACCCAGGACUCAGCAGGAUACAAUCGCCCAGCACACCACAUGGUCCCCCGGCCGCCGGUUCCACAUCCUGGUGCCAACGAGGAGAUCCCCGAUGACUUCGACUGGGACUUGAUCACUUAG